AUGUCUGAAGGAGCUAGAAAGUUCCCCUCUACCACUCCUGCCUCCCUCAACCGAGGUAAUGGGCUGGAAUCUUUGGUAGGCGUGAAACAACUGAUCUUUGAAUCAUUCCUCUCCACAGUGCUCCUGUGCCGGGGCAAAGCUUUCAGCGAUUUCACCGGACCAGACUGUCGGUUUCUGUCAUUUAAAAAAGGAGAGACUAUAUAUGUCUACUAUAAACUCUCAGGCCAAAGGACAAAUAUAUGUGCAGGGAGUGACCAACUCGUAAUCAAUCACAUAUACACUGAAAAAGAAUUGGAGAUUCCUGCUGAGGAAACCGACAUUGUUUGCUUUGACACUGGACACGAUAAGUUUGACAGUUAUGCCAUUGAUUCACUGUUAGGUUCCUCUUUAUUGUUAACAGACAAGGAGGAAUCUGUGCAAGUAACCACAGAGACUUUGUACCUAAACAAAAGUGCUGAGAGCACCACGGUGGAAGUGGAUGAGCCUUCACCUGAAGUGACACUGUUAGAAAAUGAUGAGAUUGAUAGGGAUGUACCUGAGGACAUUGAUAAGGUUGUAGAGGUUCCAGAUAAUGAUGAUCUGAGACAUUUUGAGGCUUUAGAGUCCUCUCUGCCUCAGCCUGAAACUCUUGACACAAAGGGAGUGGAAUCUAACACUGUACUUGAGACCACAGCUGAGAGGAUCAAAGAUUACCUUCAGAAAGAUCAGCAGAGGACAGAGGACUCUGUGCCGUACAGUGUUGUUGAACCAGAGGAAGGUGAGAUCAAAGAAACCCCCUCAGAACCUGAAUCCAAAGAUGAUCCUGAGUUAGAAAAUGCACCUGAUGGUUUUUCAGAAGGCAGACCUAUUCCUGAUUUAAAAAUCAUACUUGGAAUAACUUUUGAUGCUGUCACUUCCAAUAAUGAGGACACUUGGAAGGUGACUCCAUAUGACGAGGAAAGUGACAAGACUGAAUAUCAGCAGGAUGAGGAAAGUGAUUAUCAUCUCAGGGAAACUCCAUUGCUGGCUUUUUCUGAAGAAAGUUCUAAUUUGGAACACGAGAACAUUCCGGAAUCUGAUCAGACAGAUGAGGAAGACAGUCUAUCAGAGGUACCUCAUACACAGAAACAGGACUCCAAGGACAAUAACCUGUGGUCUGCAUUUGGUGAUACCGUUUUUAACAUUGUCAGUGGUGGGGAAAGAAUAGCUUAUGUUGCCGGUUCAGAGGAAGAUGACGAGGAGGAUGAUGAUGAAGGUGAGAUUACACCAGAGGAGCCUCCCAAAAUUGAAGAACCCAAGGAGUCAUUUGGCUGUUCUACUUCCUCUGAGCUAAUCUUUGAGGAACCUGGGCACUCUAAUUUCAGUGAGGAUGCUGUCAAAGUACCUGAUGAGGAUUCUCAGACGUUGCAGUUUGAGGAUGAAUCUGAAGAAGGUGACAUCGAACCUUCAACACCUCCUGCUGAUGAGGCGAGUCCCUUUGAACACACUGAGGCUUUAGCAGAGAAUCUUACAGAAGAUGACAGCCCAGUCCCUAAACAGCUCUCACAGACAGACAUGCUCUCAGACUUUGAUAGUCCCAGAUCCAAGUAG